AUGGCUGCUCGACGUAUCGUCUCGGCCUUGCCUCUGUACUCCAAGGUUCUGCAUUUCCACAGUUUUUUGAACUCCAUGUUUGUAGAAUUUUCGAAGGUUUAGCAUUGGGACAGCGACAAACUAUGUUCCCCUCAUCGAGUCAGCCCAUCUUCCCAAGACCGAAGUUAGUACCUUAGGAAAUGGGUUCCGCAUUGCCUCAGAAAACUGGAAAAUGCCUACGUGCACGGUAAUUUCAUUCGAUGCAGCUUAUAAUUCAGGUUGGUCUGUGGAUAGACGUUGGAAGCCGUUAUGAAACCGAGGCAAAUAACGGUGUUGCCCAUUUUCUGGAGCACAUGGCUUUCAAGGGUACUGACAAGAGGACUCAGCAAUUUUUGGAAGCCGAAGUGGAAGACAAAGGAGCUCAUUUAAAUGCCUAUACUUCGAGAGAAAUGACGGUCUAUUACGCAAAGUGCUUCUCCAAAGACUUGCCUUGGGGUACCUUACACAAUUCUCUACGAAUUUGUAGCUGUGGAGCUCUUGUCGGAUAUAAUUAAAAAUAGCAAGUUAGACCAACGGCAGGUUGAUCGAGAACGAAGUGUCAUUCUGAGAGAGAUGGAGGUAAAUUUCACACUCGCAUGUUUACUUUAGUAGGAAGUUGAAAGCAACUACCAAGAAGUCGUGUUCGAUUACUUGCAUGCGACGGCUUAUCAGGGCACUCCAUUGGGCCGCACAAUUUUGGGGCCUGCCGAAAACGUCAAGUCUCUUACGCCAAAUGACCUUCGGUCGUUUAUUAAAUCGAAUUAUAAGGCACCGCGGAUGGUGUUAACUGCCGCUGGAGGUAGUUUUUAUUUACCUACAGUAUUUGCGUAGGCGUUGACCACUCCGAACUCAGGGACUUGGGUCAGAAAUACUUCGGUGAUAUAUCCGCAACAAAUGAAGCUGGCGAAGGCACCCCUGAUCUUUCAGAAUGUCGAUUUACAGGAUCGGAGAUCCGAGACCGUGAUGAUGCAAUGCCGCUUGCGCACGUUGCGUUAGCCGUAGAAGGUCCCGGUUGGGCUAGCCCUGAUACAUUGGCACUCAUGGUCGGCAGCAGUGUACAUGGCGCUUGGGACCGUACGCAUGGUGGUGGAUCCAACGUCGCAAGUCAGCUGGCCAGCAAGUUUUUCAAUCAGGGCUCUGUCCAUAGCUUCCAACACUUCUUCACUUGUUACAACGACACUUCGCUCUGGUAAAUUUAUUAAUGCGUUUCAUAGUUCUUAAUGUGUGCUUGUCUUUCCUUCAUUUACACAAUACCUUACGUCUAGGGGAGUUUACUUCACGUCGGAAAAGAUGGGCCUAAACGAGGCCGUAGGAUCUUUUACAAAGGAGUGGGUUAGAAUGUGCUCUCAAAUUAAGGAGCAUGAGGUUGCGCGUGCUAAGAAUCAACUCAAGACACACUUGUUGCUUCAACUUGAUGGAACAACGCCGAUAUGUGAGGAGAUCGGCCGACAAAUGCUUGUCUACGGGAGGCGAGUGCCGAUUGACGAGAUGCUGGCUCGUAUUGAUGUACGUCCGUGUGCUUGCACACUGCUCUUUCAUAAUUUUUUUGUCGGAAGGGUGACUCAACCAUACCUAUUUUCUGCCAUAUCAGGGCUAACGUACACUACCGGAGGCUCCUCCAACCUGCCUUGUCAUAAAGGCAGCCCAGUCCGCAAUGUGCCAUUUAAGCGCUGGUGUAGAGAGUGACUGUUAUACAAUAAGGCUCCUCAAACGGUCUUUAGGGGUUCUACGAACUGAGGAGGCACAGGGAGGCAUCUAAGUAGUAGCAAGCACCAGUUGCAUUUACAUUUUCGUGGCCAUAAAAAGAACGCUACCAGCCAAUAACACGUUUAUUUCCUUGCUAUCCUUCGUCUGGAUAAUUAUGGAAUGGUCCCCCGGAAGUGUAGUAUGUGAUAAAAGUAGAAAAAGCAUGUGGGCACAUCCCAGUUAGCCCUGAUGACUGUAAGAAGUCCCAAGUGCGGACGCUCCGUAGUGUUUUUUCUAAUUUUGACGAGUUCCGUGCACUUAUCGAAAGAGACACCUGGGCAAUCCACUACCCUUAUCUAGCUCUGCCUCUGAUGAUGGAUUCUAAUGAGAAUCAGGAACGUCAGGCUAAUAAAACGCUUGUUCCAUCGAUCGUGCCACUGCGACUACUUCCUGGAACUCGUCCCUUCGCUCCUAUUAGCAGAGGCAACUGCGUCGGUGGUCGCCCGUAGGUCGAGGGGACUAUCUUCCCAGCCCAAUGCAUGGCACACCCCGCUGCCGACACAUCGUUUAUAGCUGCAGCUAUAGACUACGCCAUUUCCUCAAUUAUUCACCGAUACUCUUUAAGUUUACCCGCGCAGGCUUAGGAUUCCGCCAGGGCAACACAAACAGAGAUCUUGGCCGUUUAUUUAUUUGGCACACUCAAGCACCUUUCUUUGAAACCGACCCGAGCCGAGUCUCCAGUUAUCAUCCUCACACCCCAUGUUUGUAUUCCUUAUUUUAAGGCUAUAACGGCUGAAAAACUCAGGGAGGUAUGCUCCAAUUACUUCUUCGACCGAUGUCCAGCAGUUGCUUCUAUCGGUAAGGUCUUCUCGCAGUUCAUAUCAGUAGACAGUUUACUUUUACUUUGUAUCUGACUCAAGUUACCCUCACAACAUUCGUCGUCAAAAUUUAGUAUGCAAUCCAGUUUGUGGCCUUCACUGAAAUCAUGGAGACGCCCCCCGUCUUGUCUGAGGCUGUUUUUCAUAUACCAUACCAAGUGCCAGCAUACUUUUGGGUCUUAUGGAAGUGUAGCUGUAGAGGCCAUGGCCUCGUUCAAGUCAUUUACAAAAGUUGCCUUAUAUAACGCUUGUUCCUUAACUCCCUUUGAGCGUCCACCUACCAGACUCGAAGAAAUGCCGAGCGGGAAGCUGUCAUAAUUUCUUUUUGUCUCAUCAGUUGUGCCUGCUUCAGCACCACAGGAAAUGUUUGCUGGCCACUUCACAAAACGUAUUUUUGAAGUGAAGGCCGUUUAGUGCUUGUUGAUGGAUAUUCAGCCGCGCCCACAGGUCAUCAUUGCUGUGACUUGGCGUUCAUAAUAGUUACGGCUGUGCUGUUUUUGAGUGAAUAACGAACAGACACCUGGUUUAAUUAAAGGCUUCUUUUUCAGGUCCAAUUGAGACGCUUCCAGACUACAACAGAAUCAGGGACCAGACAUGGUGGCUUCGCCUUUAG